AUGUCCUCAUCCAUCGCUACCCUUGGACAGUCUUUUGACCAAUUCUCCGCCUACACCGCCCAGAACCCCAUCUGGACUGCCAUUUUCAUCCUUGUCAUCGCUACCACUGGCCUCCUCGCCACACCUUUGACCUCAAAUGCCCUUAACAGGACUCUUGCGGUCCCCAACACUGAAUAUCCCACUGUCAAUCAUCAUCAGUCUCGACCUAAACCACAAUUUUUCAUCGGCGACAGCACAGACUACGAGGAUGAGACGACCCAAUUCACUCCUACCAAUCUCGUCCCUCGAUUCGUCUCGAUCAACGGAGGGCGGACGGAAAAAGUCAUGGUCGAACACAGUGAACGUAAUGGACAUCCCGAUGUUGACCAUGAUCUGAUUCGACGAGUGAGGGGUGUCAAGGUGGAAUGGGACAUGGACGCGCUUCUCGCCACUAUUGGCCGAUGA